AUGAGUACACCGUACGACACAAAAGAGGACCAGUCACCUGCCGCCAGCCAAAGGACCUUUGUCGACCAUGAAGCAGUCUUCACCCCCCCGGGCACGGGGCCUGCUGAAGGCAACAGGUCGUUGCCAGCACAAGACGACGACGACGACACAUCCUCGUCAACGGGGGGAGAAGAUGGCAACGACACGGAAUUAGAUCGCCGUCAUUCUAUCGUGCAGGAGCUAGCUCGAGAAUACACACGUCACUCUGCAGUCAACACCAACGGAGACCACCUGGCCCUUUUCGGUAGCGACGACCCCGACUCGCCUCUCAACCCCAACGGGGAAAAGUUCAGCGCUCGAACGUGGGCGAAGACAAUCGCCAACGUCACCAAUGAGCACGGCUCAGGAUACCGAACUGCUGGGUUCUGCUUCCAAGACCUGAAUGUAUUCGGGUACGGCCAAGAAACGGACUAUCAAAAAGACGUUGGCAAUGUGUGGCUCGAGCUCCCCGGCCUCACCCGCCAGCUCUUCUCAAAGAAGGGAUCAGACCGCCGCAUCGACAUUCUUCGGGACUUCAACGGCGUGGUCGAGGCAGGAGAGAUGCUCGUCGUCCUGGGCCCUCCCGGGUCUGGCUGCUCCACCUUCCUCAAGGCCAUUGCUGGCGAGAUGAACGGUAUCUACACCGAUGACCGCGCCUACUUCAACUACCAGGGCAUCUCUGCCAAGGAACUGCACGACCACCAUGCCGGCGAUGCCAUCUACACCGCUGAAGUAGAUGUUCACUAUCCUCAGCUGUCCGUGGGAGACACCCUCACAUUUGCUUCCCGGGCACGCUGUCCACGGAGUCUCCCCCAUGGAGUUACGGCCAACCAAUACUGCGAUCAUCUUCGCGACGUGGUCAUGGCUAUGUACGGAAUCAGCCACACGGUGAACACGCGAGUUGGUGACAAUUACAUCCGUGGUGUGUCAGGGGGUGAACGCAAGCGAGUGACCAUCGCAGAGGCUACACUAUCUAACGCCCCUCUGCAGUGCUGGGAUAACUCGACCAGAGGCCUGGACUCUGCCAACGCUGUCGAAUUUUGCAAGACACUUCGCUUGCAGUCAGAAUUGUUUAAGCAGACCUGCGCCGUGUCUAUCUAUCAGGCACCCCAAACAGCAUAUGACUUGUUCGACAAGGCUCUUGUCCUUUACGAGGGGCGUCAGAUCUUUUUCGGCCGCACAACCGAGGCCAGGCAGUACUUCAUCAAUCUGGGGUUCGAGUGUCCGGCACGUCAAACAACCCCGGACUUCUUGACCUCGAUGACAGCGCCGAGUGAACGCGUGGUGCGCCCCGGCUGGGAAAACCGCGUCCCUCGAACCGCUGAUGAAUUCGCUGCGUGUUGGGAAGCUAGCAGCGAAGCCCAGGCCCUGAAGCAGCAAGUUGAACAGUACAAGGCCGAUCACCCGCUCGGUGGCACUGAUGCGGAGGCCUUCCGAAACCACAAGCAGUCGGUCCAGGCCAAGAGCCAGCGCCUCAAGUCUCCAUUUAUUCUCUCAUAUGGUCAACAGGUCAAGCUAUGCAUCUGGCGUGGCAUUAAACUCUUGCGAGGAGACCCCAGCCUAACAGUGUUUUCAUUGUUGACCAACAGCUCUACCGCUCUCAUUAUGUCGUCGCUUUUCUACAACCUCCCGGAAACAACCUCGUCCUUCUACGGUCGAUCUGCGAUCAUCUUCGUUGCCAUUUUGGCAAAUGCUUUCUCCAGCGCUCUCGAAAUCCUCACACAAUAUGCCCAACGACCCAUAGUUGAGAAGCAAAGGCGGUAUGCUUUUUACCACGCUUCAGCUGAGGCGCUCUCUUCUGUUCUGGUGGACAUGCCGUACAAAAUCACGAACACCAUCUUUUACGACCUGAUCAUCUACUUCAUGACCAACUUGAACAGAGAGCCCGGGAACUUCUUUUUCUUCCUUUUGACCACCUUCCUUAUGGUGCUGGCAAUGUCUGGUCUCUUCAGGUCGAUUGCCUCGUUGUCACGCACCUUGUCUCAGGCCAUGGUCCCAGCAUCCGUCUUGAUUCUCGCCCUUGUCAUCUUUACCGGUUUCGUCAUUCCUGUCGACUAUAUGCUUGGCUGGUGCAGAUGGAUCAACUACUUGGAUCCCGUUGCAUAUGGAUUUGAGUCGCUCAUGAUCAACGAGUUCCACAACCGUAACUAUCAGUGCGACGUCUUUGUACCCAGUACCGCCGCAGACGGUUACGAAAACGUCACGCUCGCCAACAGAGUAUGUUCUACCGUGGGUGCUGUUGCUGGAGCCUCCUCCGUCAAUGGCGACGCGUACAUCAACUCCCAGUACAAGUACUUCAACUCCCACAAGUGGCGCAACAUCGGCAUCCUGAUCGGCUUCGUGAUCGCUCUUCACAUCCUCUACCUCGUGGCCACCGAGUACAUCGCCGCCAAGAAGUCAAAGGGCGAGGUCCUCGUCUUCCGCCGUGGCGUGACCGCCCCCACCAAGGCGAAGGGCGACGUCGAGGCCUCCAACUCGGGGCCCAUCACCAUCCUCGAGAAGAGCGACGACCCCUCUGCCGACGUGGGCGCGAUCGAGGCCUCCACCAGCGUCUUCCACUGGGGCAAGGUCUGCUACGACGUCAAGAUCAAGACCGAGACGAGGAGGAUCCUCGACCACGUGGACGGGUGGGUGAAGCCCGGAACUCUCACGGCACUGAUGGGCGUCUCUGGAGCCGGGAAAACGACCCUGCUCGACGUCCUCGCGGACCGUGUCUCUACGGGUGUUAUCACCGGGGAGAUGUUGGUCGACGGUAAAAUUCGCGAUUCGUCGUUUCAGCGCAAAACAGGCUACGUUCAACAGCAAGACCUGCACCUUGAGACGAGCACUGUCCGUGAGGCAUUGGAAUUCAGUGCGUUACUCCGCCAGCCGGAAAGCACCCCCAGGGCCGAAAAGAUCGCAUAUGUGGACAAGGUCAUUGAGCUCUUGGACAUGUCAGAAUAUGCCGACGCCGUGGUGGGCGUGCUUGGCGAGGGUUUGAACGUGGAGCAACGGAAGAGACUCUCGAUUGGCGUUGAACUGGCUGCGAAACCGCCCUUGCUUCUCUUCGUCGACGAGCCCACUUCCGGCUUGGAUUCUCAAACUUCAUGGGCUAUUCUCGAUCUGCUUGAAAAGCUUUCAAAGGCCGGCCAGUCGAUCUUGUGUACCAUUCACCAACCGUCCGCUAUGCUAUUUCAGCGCUUCGACCGUUUGCUGUUUCUGGCAAAGGGUGGCAGAACUGUCUACUUUGGCGACAUCGGCGAGAACUCUCAGACUCUCACAUCUUAUUUUGAGAGGAACGGAGCCCCGAAGUGCCCUCCUGGCGAGAAUCCCGCCGAGUGGAUGCUGUCUGCCAUCGGCGCGGCACCCGGCACAUCGUCCGACGUCGACUGGCCCCAGGCGUGGAAAUCCAGCCCCGAGUACCAAGCUGUUCAGGACGAGCUCGAGCGGCUCAAGUCCGAGGGUCCAAGCCAGGACCACUCUUCCGGCGAGGAUGCCAAUGUCACAUACCGCGAGUUUGCCGCUCCUCUGUGGAGCCAGUUCCUGAUUGUCACCCACCGCGUCUUUCAGCAAUAUUGGCGAACGCCCUCGUACAUCUACUCCAAGUUUAUCCUCUGCUGCUCCGUCGCCCUUUUCAUCGGCCUGGUUUUCCUCAAUGCGCCCCUGACCAUACAGGGCUUGCAGAACCAGAUGUUUGCCAUCUUCCAGAUUCUGUCCAUCUUCGGUCAACUGGUACAGCAACAGAUGCCGCACUUUGUCAUACAGCGCUCGCUCUACGAGGUCCGCGAACGCCCUUCCAAGACGUACAGCUGGAAGGUGUUUAUGCUGUCGCAGAUCGUCACCGAGAUCCCGUGGAACACGCUCAUGUCGGUCUUCAUGUUCGUCUGCGUCUACUACCCCGUCGGGUUCGACGGCAACGGCGACCCGAGCCAGAGGGCCGAGCGGGGAGGCCUGAUGUGGCUCCUGUUCUGGCAGUUCCUCAUCUUCACCUGCACCUUCGCCAACGCCUGCAUCGCCGUCACCGACACGGCCGAGAUGGGCGGCAACCUCGCCAACGUCCUCUUCAUGAUGUGUCUGCUGUUCUGCGGCGUGCUGGCCAGCCCCGACGCGAUGCCUGGCUUCUGGAUCUUCAUGUACAGGCUGUCGCCGUUCACGUACCUGAUGUCGGCCAUCUUGUCCACCGGCCUCGCCAACACCGAUGUGACGUGCUCUUCGAAUGAGUAUGUCCAUUUCAACCCGCCGGACAACCAGACCUGUGGGACCUUCAUGGAUGGCUAUAUCGGCCAGAUGGGAGGUUAUCUCCAGAACCCUGCGGCAACGAGCGACUGCUCGUUCUGUUCUACUGCCAACACGAACACCUUCCUCGCCUCCAUCAGCUCCAACUUUGACAACAGGUGGCGAGAUUUUGGAAUUGGAAUGGUGUAUAUUGUUGUCAACAUUAUCGCCGCUCUGUUCCUGUACUGGCUGGUUCGUAUGCCUAAGGGCAAGAAGAAGGCUUGA